CGGGGUGGGGAGGGGCGCGGGAUCGGCGGAGCGGGACCGGCCCGACACGACACGACACGUGUCUCCGCGUGGGCUGCCCCGGCACAGAGCCCCUGUAGGGCCCGCACACGCCGCCCCGGGCCUACCGGAGCCCCGCGCCCGCGCUGAGCCCGCUCUCCGCCCUCCCAGGAGCCGUGCCCGGACAUGGAGUACAUGAAGGAGCCGGUGGCCCCCAGCCAGGGGAACAUCCUGUGCUGCCAGUGUGGCAUCCCAAUCCCCCCAAACCCCGCGAACAUGUGCGUGGCAUGUUUACGAACUCAGGUGGAUAUCACAGAAGGAAUCCCCAAACAAGUCAUGGUUCACUUCUGCAAACAGUGUGAGAGAUAUCUUCAGCCUCCAGGAACUUGGGUUCAAUGUGCCUUAGAAUCAAGAGAACUUCUUACUUUGUGUCUUAAAAAAAUCAAAGCUUCGCUUAGUAAGGUGCGGCUGAUUGAAGCAAGCUUUGUUUGGACUGAACCACAUUCCAAGAGACUUAAGAUAAAGCUGACAGUACAAAAAGAGGUGAUGAAUGGAGCAAUCCUUCAACAAGUGUUUGUGGUGGAGUAUGUUGUUCAGCCUCAAAUGUGUGAUGACUGUCAUAGAGUUGAAGCUAAGGAUUUCUGGAAAGCAGUGGUUCAAGUCAGACAAAAGACUCUGCACAAAAAGACUUUCUACUAUUUGGAACAAUUGAUUUUAAAACACAGGCUUCAUCAAAAUACUCUUCGGAUCAAAGAGAUUCAUGAUGGCCUGGAUUUCUAUUACGGUUCAAAGCAACAUGCCCAGAAGAUGGUAGACUUUCUUCAGUGUACAGUUCCUUCCAGAUCAAAAUCAUCCCAGCGUUUGAUUUCUCAUGAUAUUCAUAGCAAUGCCUACAAUUACAAAAGCACUUUCUCUGUGGAGAUUGUUCCAAUAUGCAAGGACAGUGUUGUAUGUCUGUCUCCAAAACUGGCACAGAGCCUUGGGAAUAUGAGCCAGAUUUGUGUGUGCAUCAGAGUAACAAGUACUGUCCACCUCAUUGAUCCCAACACUCUGCAAAUUGCUGACAUUGAUGGAAACACUUACUGGCGUCACCCUUUCAAUAGCUUGUUCCAUCCAAAGCAGUUGGAGGAGUUCAUUGUAAUAGAUAUCACCAGGGUCCAAGAGAGAAAACAAGGUGCAGGUGCAGGGAUGAGAUCAAACAAACACACUCUUGCUGAAGCCUGGGUACAGAAAACCUCAGAGAUGAAUACAGAUCAUCAGUAUUUCUGCCGCACUCACUUGGGUCACCUUCUAAAUCCAGGAGACCUAGUCGUGGGAUUUGACUUGGCCAAUUGUAACCUCAAUGACGAAUUUGCAAAUAAGAUGAACCCACACAAUGUUCCUGAUGUGGUAUUAAUAAAGAAGAGUUAUGACCGCAUUAAACGCCAGCGUCGUAGAAACUGGAAACUGAAAGAGCUGGAUAGGGACAAAGAAGGCAUGGAUACAGACGAUGAAAGGCAGUACCAGGACUUCCUUGAAGAUCUUGAAGAAGAUGAGGCAAUUAGAAGGAAUGUCAAUAUUUAUAAAGAUUCAAAAAUUCCAGUGGAAAGUGAUACAGAUGAUGAAGGUGCUCCACGAAUCAGUCUGGCUGAGAUGCUAGAGGAUCUCCAUAUCUCCCAGGAUGCCACAGGGGGGGAGGGUUCUGAUAUGAUGACACAAUAAGGAUAUGCAUUAGUAAAUGCAAUCAGUGUACUCUCUUGAGAAGAAAUAUCCUGCACAGAAAUAAAUGUAAUGAACUGUUAAACUAA